AUGCGUAGACAAAUUAUUUUCUUCUAUUACACGUCAAAUUGCUUUGGGCAUUGUGUGCACCAAUCAAAAUUAUCUCUGCCUUCUGGGAAACACCCAAUUAGAAGAUGGAUGAAAUGCUUUAAUUGCGCAAAAGUCUGUUUUGGCAAUUUUUCUUCUAAAAAUAAAUCAAAUAAUUGCAUAAUUUUAGGUAGGCAGGUUCAGUUUUAUGCAGUAGAUUAUGGGAGGAUGCAGGCGCCUGCAAAAAAGACACAAAUCACUAGGUGGGUAGAGAAAGCAGCCGGAAAGAUGGUAUUUAGUAAAAUGCAAUUACUUUUUAUUUUAUUUAUGGAAAGAAAGGAGAAAACAAGUUUAAUUCAAAUGCUGAACACGUCGAUUGGAAACAUAAGUGGGCUUUUCAAGCAGAAAAAGCAAGAGACAGAGAGCAAGGAUGUGGAGCUGGAGGAGAUAGCUGCCAGCCAGGAAAAAGAGGAGUCUGAAAGCUUUCUUCUGGAUGAGGAAGAAGAGUUUGAGAAGGACUUGAGCCGGCUCUCCAUAUCUAUGGAGGAGGGCAUGGAAAGCAAGAGAACAGGGUCCUUAGAGAAUAAAAUGGAGGCAGCCAGCACUACAAACACUUUUGUUGAUGAGAUAAACAAACUGAAAAAAAUUAUUGCACUGAAAGACGAGAUAUGGCUAAAGGAGCGAGAAAAAGACAAGGAAACAUCAGAGCUAAGAAUUUUGGAAAGCAUAAAAACGCAGGCAGAGCUGGACUAUGAGAAAAAAAGAAGAAAGAUACUACUGCAAACAAUAGACUCGUUAGAAAGAAGGCUAGAGGAGAGCGAAAUACAGUGUCUAGAGCUAAUGAAGUAUUGUAAUUUACUGAUAGAGCAGCAGGAAAGCGCAGGCGCAGAAAAGAAGAAAUAA